UCAAGAAAAAAGAAAAUAGUGGCAAUUAUGUGUAUUUGUGUACACUUAAUUAAUAAAAAGAAACCAAUAAAAGAAACACCGAAAUUGAAGAAGCGAAGUGUUUGGGUGCUAGAUUGGCUUCAGAGGAGAAAUACUGACGGGGCGUAUGCAAAAACUCUGCGCGAGUUUCGUGAAGUGAAUAAUCAAAAAUAUUUGUUUAAAAAUUAUCUUCGCAUGAACGAAGCCACUUUUAAUUAUAUUCUUGAAUUAGUCUCCCCAAACAUAAAAAAAAGUGACACCAAUAUGCGCAAAGCAAUACCAGCAAAUGAACGUUUGGCGGUUACACUUCGCUUCCUUGCCUCUGGAGACAGCUUCAAAAGUUUAUCUGUUGACUUUCGCAUUGCGCCGAGUACCAUAUCUAUAUUUGUGCCGGAGGUUUGCGAUGCAAUUUACAAAGCUUUGAAAAAUGAAUAUUUACAGGUUCCAAAUAACGAACAGAUGUGGAUUGACAUUGCCCAAAAAUUUAGUGAUAAAUGGAAUUUUCCCCAUUGUAUAGGCGCAGUUGACGGGAAACACAUUGUGAUGAAGGCUCCGCCGCGGUCUGGAACUACCUUUUAUAAUUAUAAAGGUACUAAUAGUAUUGUACUUAUGGCUAUUGCGGAUGCGGACUACCGAUUUAUAUAUAUUGAUGUCGGGUGCAAUGGCAGAGUUUCGGACGGCGGCGUUUUUGGAAAGUCCACAUUUCAGAAAGCUUUGGACAAUAACACACUGAGAUUGCCUUUACCACAACCAUUGCUAAAUCGUGACCGUGAUUGUCCAUACUUGUUAGUGGCGGAUGAUGCAUUCCGCAUGCAAAAGCACAUUUUAAAACCAUACCCUGGUAAAAAUUUAACUGCCGGUCAACGCAUAUUCAAUUACCGAUUGUCACGUGCUAGGCGCGUUGUCGAAAAUGCAUUUGGCAUUAUGGCAAAGCGGUUUCAAAUUUUAUAUCGACCAAUUCAACUGAAUGAGCAUAAAACGACCCAAAUAACACUGGCCUGCUGUGCCUUGCAUAAUUUUUUAACAACUUUGUUAAGAGAGUAUCAAAAUGCCAGUUAUUUGGAAGGUUUAACUACAGAUAGGAAUGAUCAACAAGACAAUUCAGUUCAUGAGCAACAAGGAGCAGAGGAACGUCCAACGACAUACAUAACCAAUGAAGCCAAAGAAAUUCGUGAGGAGUUCGAACAAUAUUUUAUGACAGCCGCUGGAGAAAUACCAUUUCAAUAUAGAUGUUUAUGUUAA